AUGCUGAAAUUGCAAAAGUUUAAUGAGUUUGAGAAUAAUCAUGGGAUGGAUCCGAUUGAAACGCAGAUUGUGUUUGUUCGGAAUCUUCCGAAGAGUGUGGAUAAGGACUUGGUGAUACGAUUGUUUGGAGAGUAUGGAUCGAUGAUUCAGAUACGGAUAGGGAAUGAAUUACGCACUGAAGGAACUGCGUUUGUGGUGUAUAGAAGCGUUGAGUGUGCAAGAAAAGCAAUCAGACACAUGAAUGGAUACUAUCUUGAAGAAAAGUACUUGAAUGUUGGAUAUUGGCAGCCAUUUGACAAGUUUAGGUGGAUGGUAUGCCGAAAAUGA